AUGGGUGGUGGCAAGGUUGAAGUUGAUGCUCUGACUAAAAGAAUUGCUUCUGAAAAACGUGGGAGUAGGCCUGGGUUAUGGGAUAUCACCGCUUCUGCUCACAUUCCUCCUUCUCAUUCAUCGCUUCUCACUGCUACAAGGGAACUAAAAAAAGAGUUAGGUGUAAACCUCCCUAAGGAGGCAUUUGAGUUGAUAUUUGUUAUCCAAGAGGAGUGGUACAAAGAGGAUACUGAGGCGCGCAGUUUGAGUUUGCAAAAGCAACUAAGUCGUUAUGCUCCUAUUUCUCUCAAUGCAGAGUUAACGGGUCUUCCAGAUUCAGACAAGGAAGCUCUUGAUUUGGUUGUGAAGGCUGCAGCUGUUAUCGAUGAAAUCUUUUAUUUGCAGGAGCAUGGUGAUGAAUCAGAGUUAAAUAAGUUGAAAUGGUCCUAUUAUCUGAUUAACAAGAGUCCCUGGUCUAGCCUUGAUGAAGAUAAUGCAUUUUUGACAACUGCAGAUUCAGCAGUAAGGUUAGUUUCUACAGCAACUAAACCUGUUAAACGAUGGAAAGGUCUAGAAUAUAAAGCAGCAUUUCCGGAUAUGGACAAAACGGACAAACUAGAAAAGGAUCAACAAAAGGAGGCAACAAGCUUCUUUAGUGUUAUCAGAAGACACAGUGAACUUCGUUUUGAUUCUCAUGUCUCGGACUUCCACAACAAAGAAAGUUAUGAUCAUGAUCUAUAUAUUGUGCCAUACUCGGUAGAAUAUAAAUCUCUUCUCACCAAAGCUGCUGAUUUAUUGCAUAAAGCUGGAGAUAUUACCCAAUCACCAAGUCUGAAGAGGUUGCUACAUAGCAAGGCUGAUGCUUUCCUUUCAAAUGAUUAUUAUGAGUCAGAUAUAGCUUGGAUGGAUUUGGGCUCGAAGUUGGAGGUCACAAUUGGUCCAUAUGAAACGUACGAGGAUAAACUUCUGGGAUACAAGGCUUCCUUUGAAGCAUUUGUUGGAAUCAGGGAUGAUAAAGCUGCAAGUCAGCUGAAACUCUUUGGUGAUAAUCUGCAGCUUUUGGAGCAAAAUCUUUCCAUGGACGAUGCGUACAAAUCAAAAGAUGUGAAUGCAGCACCUAUUCGUGUUAUUCAGCUUAUCUAUAAUGCAGGGGAUGUCAAGGGACCACAAAUUAUUGCCUUCAAUCUACCAAAUGAUGAACGUAUAGUAAAAGAUCGAGGAACAGCAAUGGUGAUGCUUAAGAACGUUUCAGAGGCAAAGUUCAAAGCUGAAUUCCCUAUCUUUGAUAAGGGUUUGCUUUCCGAAAACUUAUUGAAGUCGAUGUAUGUUUCUUUUCUGGCUGGAUGCUUCCGGUCAGUACGUUUUGGUUUAGAGGAAGCUCAUGGAAAAGGACAAGCAUUGCAAUUCAACUGGUUAUAUGAGAAAGGAGCCUUUAUCCUACACUCUCAAGACACAAUUUCUGUUGACUUUUCCAAGAUUGAAAGUGCAGUUGAAAGCUUAAGUAAGGAGAUACUGACCAUACAAGCCAAAGGUGAUAAGGAGGCUGCUGGUUUGCUUCUGCAGAAAUAUGGUGUGAUUUCAGAGCCACUCAAACUUGGUCUCCAAAAGUUGGAGAAAGUUCAGGUACCCAUUGACAUAGCUCCAGUCAAGAAAAUAUUGCAGUGA